GGAUGGCCCGCUUCGGCCGGCCGGUUUUCGCGUAAAAUUUCCAUUUUAUUCCCGUGGUUUGGCACAAUACAAUUGGAAAAAAAAAUAAAAAGAAAGAAAAAACGACGCCUCCGAGUCCGAGGGUUCGAGAGGUUUUCUCGCCCCCAAUUCCGCCGCCGCCUCCCCUACCGGACGUCGAUCUGCUCGGCCGGCGUCGAUCCGCGUGCCCAGCUAACUCCCCGGCGAUCGCCUGUCCAUGGCGGGGACGGAGAGAAGUCGUCGCCGGCGAGAGGUCAAGCUCAGGAAGGCGUGGAGGAAGGAGGCUGCCACGGCGGGGCCGACCAGCGUGAACGACGUCCCCGACGAGGUCCUCGAGCUCGUCCUCCUCCGCCUCGGCGAUUCCCUCGCCCUCCUCCGCGCCGCGGCCGCGUGCAAGCGGUGGCGCCGCCUCGUCGCGGACGCCGGGUUCCUCGCCCGGUUCCGCUCCCUCCACGAGCCCCACGUCGUUGGUCACUACCACGUCGUCGACCCUACCUUCGCGGGGGCGCUGCGCGGCGGCAACCACGUCUUCGUGCCGGAGCGCUCACCGUCACCGGCGGACGCUCUCGACCGCCGCCGCCUCUCCCUCGACUUCCUGCCGGAGCCGGAUGGCGACCGCGCAUGGUGGAAGCUCGCCGACACCCGCGGCGGCCUCGUGCUCCUCUACCCGAAGACGUGGAAUGCCUCCUUCCCCGACAUGGUCGUCUGCGAGCCGCUCACGCGGCGGCACCAGGGCAUCCUCCGCCCACAAGAGAUGAACUCUCCCUACAGGAUAUGCUUCGGCGUCUUCUUGAUCGAUGGCGCCGCCGCCGAUGAGACGGGCGGCUGCAUCAGCAUGUCGAACUUCCGGGUGCUCUCCGCUGUCUACGAACCCGAAACGCCAUACUGCGGAUACUGGCACGGUCAUGGCACGCCGCCCCGCCCGCGCGCCUACGUCUUCUCCUCGGGCGUCGACGGUGGCUGGCGCGAGAGCGACUCCGGCAGCGACGUCGAACUUCCAAGCCUCGAAUUGAUAAACUUCGUGGGGCGAGCGGGCUGCUCUCUGUACUGGGGAUUGGAUGGCAAGGACGCCAUGCUCGCUCUGCACAAGACCACGGCAGAGUUCUCGCUGGUCACGAUCCCGGCGAUCGUCGGAGAGUCAUACCACCCGUCAACCUUCCGUGUCAUCGGUGGCGGCGACGACGGCACGAUGCGCGUGGUCCGCUUGAUCGGCGACGACCUGAAAAUCUUCACGCAGCUCAAGGGGAGCGGCGGCGAGUGGGUGGUGGAGAAGCUCGUGAGGCUGCCGGUGGCGACCCGUGGGUUGCCAGGGCACGACGUCGGGUUGUUCCACCACUACGCAAGGAUCGUCACGGCGAACGAGAGGUACAUCCUCGUGACGCCACGGGUGGCGACGUGGCUGUUCUCCGUUGAGGUCGAGACGCCGGUGGUUGAGCGCGAGCAUGUGAGGAACAAGUACGCCGGCGCGGCCUACCCGUACGAGCUGCCAUGGCCACCGGUCUUGCAGGCUUGCAUUGCUGGGAGACGCCGCAGCAGGAGAUGAUGCUGAUAUCUACAUCUAUGCGCGCAGAAUCACAGUUUUUCUUCAUCUCCGGCAAGGGUAAUAUCUUACAUUUGUGAGUUGUGACCAAUUUAUUAAAGUGUCUCACAGCUUUAUUACAUCAAUAGAAAUCAGGCGAGCUUAGUGUCAGAUUUGUAUAACACGGGUGAUUGGUUUUUAGACUUUAGAAGAAAUCUUAAUGUAGCUUAUCGGCAAGACUAGUGGAUCGACCGACUCA